ACCACGAAGGUGAGUGGAAGAUAAGAACAAAAUACUCCGUAUAUAAGAAUGGAAAAAGGAAGUACCAAGCUCUACAGUCUACACCCGUAAAAUUACAGCUUAAGCGGGGAGUGUUGGGUGAAAGUGGUGAUCGUUUUGAACACGUAUUGAUGACCAUCACAUAAAAAUGUGGUCAGCAGAAUAUCUCCGUGCUUCGUCACAAGCAUUCAAGCAACCUUCUUUCAGCUCAAUUUCCGGCCAAGCUUAGAAAGUUUAAGCGUCCUAUUUCUUUACGCAAAACAGUGACUGAUCCAUGGCGAUUUUGGGCAGAUCAGUUGCGAGGUGCCGAUGGAGGUUCGUGAAUUCGAUGCGCGGAUUUUGUUUGACACCCUCUUUAGACGCAGACAAGAAGCUUGCAGCGGCUGUCCAGACCGGGCAGCCGGUCAAGGGCAGAAAUGUCCAGUGGGUGUUUCUUGGCUGCCCCGGCGUCGGCAAGGGUACCUAUGCCGCUCGCCUCUCGAAUCUUCUCGGCGUUCCUCAUAUCUCAACGGGAGAUCUCGUCCGUCAGGAGCUCUCCACCAGUAGUUCUCUUUCCGCCCAGUUGGCAGAGAUUGUAAACCAAGGGAAACUGAUUUCUGAUGAGAUCAUAAUAAAUCUACUGUCAAAGCAACUUGAGGCCGGUGAAUCCAAGGGUGAAACGGGUUUCAUUCUUGAUGGAUUUCCCCGAACUAUAAGACAGGCGGUGAGCAGCUUUUAUGCAGUAAUUUUCUCAAAUAUUAAAUUAAUACCAAUGGCAUGUCCAUUGUCCUCUAGAUAUCUGGCCUAGCAUAAGUUCAGAACUUGUGUGGCUACAUAUGUAGUUAUAUAAUCUUCACACUUAUUUUUCAUGUCCGUCCCAAACUUAUCUCUCCUUUCUAUUUAAGGAAGGUAAUAUGUGGCUCAUAUUAUUCCUCUUUUUUCAAUUAAAUCUUAAUCAUACAACUUUCUAUUUUUUAAAACUGCGUGGCCGGUCAAAGUCGGUGUUUAUUGAAGGACACAGGGAGUAUCUUUCUUUUAUAUCACUAUUUAGUGUGAUUAUAAACUCUGAAUUGCACAAAAUAUAAUUGUGAUGGACCCAUUAUGGCACUCCUUAAUGUCAAUGAGAAAAACACAUGGGGUGCGGUUCCAAUGAGAACUAGGCUUAUUGUGAGAACGUGAGAACAGUCACUUUUAACCCCAUGUGAUGCACAAUGGGGCUGUCUAUUGCACUUUUUUAACUUUGAUCAAAUAAAGCCAAUAUCAAAUAAAGACAGUAGCAUUUUGGCAAGUAUUAUGCCGCGAAAAAGUGCAAUAGACGAGCUUCGUUGUGCAUCAUGUUGGCGUAAAAGUGCUUGUUUUCAUGUCCUCACGAUAAGCCUGGUUCUUAUUUGAUCCAGAAUAAUAAUGCAUGUGUGUUUGUUUAAAUGCAGGGGCGGAUACACUUACAUGGUAAUAAUAUAGCUUUAUAACACUAUAUUUUAUUAAUAUUUUUAUUAAAUAAUUAUGGGGUGCCCCCGAUAAGAAAAAUCAAAUGCCCCCAAUAAGAAAGAGAGAUUUGCCCUCAUGUCAAGAACAAUACGUGGAAUUAUUGGGUGAUGCGAGUGAUUUUUUAUUAUGUACUUCAUAUUUUCUUUUUAUGUUUUUAGUUUUUCAUUUCUUAAUGUGUUUUUUUAUUUACGUUUUUAUUUUAUAUAAAUAUUUUUAUUGUUGUAGUGUUUUUAUUAUAAAUUUAAAACAUGAAGAGAGUAUAUAAAUUACUCAUAUGUUGGGAAUAUAAAAGGAAAUAAUUUCAAACAUAAUCUUUUUAAUAAGGGUAGAAUAUGAAGAGAGUAUAUAAAUUACUCAUACUUUGAGAAUAUUUAAGGAAAUAAUUCCCAAAAUAUUGCCAAAAUAUGGAAAGUAGACAAAAGUGCGCCUUAAUAACUUUUAGUGACCAUAAUAAUAAUUAUAUUCGAGUAUUACAUCUUAAUUACUAUAAUAGUACCCUUAUAGUCACUAUGAAUAUAAUUUCAGUCACUAAAAGUUACAGAGUAUUAAAUAACAUUUUUGUCUAUGGGUAUUAUUUAAUUCAUUUAUAUUUUAGGAAAAGUUCAUAGAAAACUAUAGUCCUAUUUUUACAUUUUGGAAUUAUUUAUUUUACUUCUAUUUGAGCUAUAAUCACUAGCUGUAGACACAUUUCUUUCAAUUCUUCUCAAAUUUAUGGUUGUUCAAUGAAUAACUUGGUACUUUCUUCACCCCAUUCAAAGGUUCCCAUUGCAAAAUGUCACAAUUAUUCUGACAAUAAUUAAAUAUGAUAAUUGGAGUAUAUUUUAAGAAAUAACUUUGAUGGUUGUAUCAUAUAAUGAGGCCAUUGAUGAUAAUUGUGGUGUUAUAGAUAUAUUAGUUUUAAUAUUUAAUGAUUAAAUUGUCUUUUAAGACUAUUAAUUGUUUCUAAUGAUAGAAAUGAGAACCUUUAAGUGGGACUUCCGAAAUAGGAAAUUGAGAACCUUAGAAUGGGACAGAGGGAGUAUUAGAGGAGCUUUGUCAUUACAUGUAUAUCAGUGGUGCCCCCAAUAACAAAUUUUUCUGUAUCCGCCACUGUUUAAAUGUAUGUCAGUAUGUGUGUGUGUGCACUUACAUGCAAAUCUUUAUCUUGAUUGACACUUUACUAGAUCUCUUUUGGCUAAUACCAUUCAAAUGGCUAAGUAUGAACUAUGAAGUAGUGUAACAUAUCGCAUACAGAUUUUUGUAAAGACUGUUUGAUUGUUUUAAAACUGAGGUAUUAUUCAUCAGUGAAAAAACAAUCAAAAUAUCACAGUUUUUCCGUGAAAUUUGUUCUAUUUGGCUGUCAUGAAGUAGCAAAUUGUAUGCAGAUUUUUUUAAAGACUGUUUGAUUGUUUUCCCCUGAAAUUUGUUCUAUUUGGCUGUCAUGCUAUAUGAACCCUUCAACCACAUAGCACGUUCCUUAUUGAAUGAUAAAUCACUUUAACUUUUCUAUACUUUUAUAUUGGUUCUUUCUUGAUGUCAGUUGAUUUGUUUCCUUUUAAACAUGAUAAAGAAUGCUAUUUAUUAUUUCUCUCAUUUUAGUUUUUCAUGCUACAACUUACCUGUGAAUUAAACGAUUAAUGUGGAUUUAUAUGAAAAAUUAGGAUCAUAACUAUUUUCCUUGGUGGCGAACCAAUUACCACUGAUUUCUGUGUAGUCCCACAGAAACGGGAUUCUCAAUUUCUUUUACAUUUCCUCAAUUCCUAACCUGCCCUUGAUGUUCCUUGUUUAUAACUCAUUGCUCUUCCCUCUUUUGGACUCUUUGUUCUUCCAAAGCUGAAGAUGUGUUGUUCGUAGCGUGCCUAAGUCUCUAUGAAUACUCAAUACAAUAUACGGCAUUCUAAUGAAGUGUUUCAUCUGAAACCAGAUCAUCUUAAUUUUCCCGUAAGUUUUGAAAUUUCCAGGACCUAAUCCCCCCACCUUUGUGGAUUUGAUUCCUCCAUCUACCAAUAACCAAUAUACUUUAAUGCAAAAGUGGCUUGUACACAGACUUUGAUUUGGUUGCUUCCAGUUAGAGACUCUGUUCUUGCUUCUGUAUUAACCUGGUGUACGAAUAUUAUAAAUUUACGCAGAUUGUAUUCUUUAAUCUUGAGUCCAUAUAAUGUGUCAUGUAAUCAAACCCUUUGUGGAGGCGCUCUUUAUUUAUGAAAAGCUUUAAAGAAUGAACCAGGUCGAAGAUCAUGACACCUGUCAUCAUAUUCUAUGCCCAACUCCAAGCUUGAGCAUUAGUUUCUACCUCCUAUGAAAUUUUAGAGGGUGUCACAGACAUUGACUUGGUAAUCAAUCUGAAACUUAGGGAGGAUGCAAUAAUUGCAAAAUGUCUAGGGAGAAGGAUGUGCAGCGAAUGUGGAGGAAAUUACAAUGUCGCGUGCAUUGAUAUAAAGGGAACACAAGAAAGCCCUGGAAUGUAUAUGCCUCCCCUUCUUCCUCCUCCUCUUUGUGAAUCCAAAUUGAUAAUGCGAGCUGAUGACUCUGAAGAUGUUGUGAAGGAGCGCCUUCGCAUCUACAAUGAAUUGAGCCAACCAGUUGAGGAGUUCUAUCGGUGUCGUGGGAAAUUGUUGGAGUUUGAUCUUCCUGGAGGAAUACCUGAGUCAUGGCCAAAGCUGCUACAAGCUUUGAAUCUUGCUGAUCUUCUUGAAGACAACAAGCAAAAGUCUGCUGCAGCUUGAGUGUAGUGUUUCUGUGGUUACUGGUCAUCGCGUCCAUUCUUGAGUUUAGGCUGAUGCAUGUAAAGAAACACAAUAAAUUCAAUUUGGUUUUUGAUGUUUUAUUACUCCGUUGAAGCUGUGCCUAUUAUUGUCUCUCACUUUUUUUUGCAACUAUUAUUCUUGAUCCUGUAAAUGUUUAUCGAGCCCCUAAAUGGAGCAGUCAUUCAUCAUUCAUGGAUUGUUGUGGCUACGAUGCAAAAUCGGAGUAAAUCAGCCAUUGCACCCCUCAUAGUAAUAAUCAAUUCUGUCUCGACAGCUGAGCAAACAAUUAAA